UGUCACUCUGUCAUUUACACACACACACACACACUCAUCUCUUUAAAUCCUGUGUUUUUCUCUCUGUGUCUGUGACUCACACUCACAUUGUGCUCUUGUGUCGUCCUUUUGUCGUGUUGUGCGGUUGUCGUCGCUGCAGCUGAAGAUGAUGGAUGAGGAGCAGACGAAGCGUUACGCUGCAGAUGAAAAUCUCCACCACGUCCAGUGUGGGAGUAAAGUUCAGGUCGGUCAAGAAGAGAGAGAGAUCAGCGUCCUGCCGCGAAGGACGAGAGACGGACUGGACGAAGAGCAGAUGAAGAUGGCGUCCUCUUCCUCGUCCUCCUGCUGUUCCGUCUGUGUUCGUCUGAAGGACAGAUGUCCUCGUCCUCAGGGUCUGCUGAACCUGCUCAUCACCAAAGUGUGUCUGUUUAUGCUGCUGUUCGGGGUCGUCUGGUCCAUUUCGGGGACUCAGUGUCUUCCUGGGGGGAACCUGUUUGGGAUCGUCGUCCUCUUCAUCUGCUCCGUGUUGGGGGGAAAACUGGUGGGAAUGAUCCAGCUGCCCACACUGCCCCCCUUCCCCCCACUGCUUGGCAUGCUCCUGGCCGGUCUGCUGUUGCGUAACGUCCCGUACAUCACUGACGCCGUCUUCGUCGACACCCACUGGUCGUCCGCUCUCAGGAACAUCGCCCUGUCAAUCAUCCUGACCAGAGCAGGACUGGGGCUGGACCCGACGGCGUUGCAGCGUCUGAAGGCAGUGUGUGUCCGUGUUGCCGUCGGUCCCUGUGUUGUCGAGGCCUGCGUCGUUGCCGUGGUUUCACACUUCCUGUUGGGUCUGCCCUGGGUCUGGGGGUUCAUACUGGGGUUCGUUCUUGCUGCUGUGUCUCCGGCCGUUGUGGUUCCAUCGAUGCUGCUGCUGCAGAGAGAAGGAUACGGAGUGGAGAAGGGAAUCCCCACCCUCCUGAUGGCUGCCGGCAGUUUCGAUGACAUCUUGGCCAUCACCGGGUUCUCCACCUGUCUGGGAAUCGCCUUCUCCACAGGUUCCACGUGGAUGAACAUCCUGAAGGGUCUGCUGGAGGUGGUGGGGGGGAUCAUAGCUGGGCUGGUCCUGGGUCUGUUCUUGUGCUGGUUCCCCAGUAAAGACCAGGAGGACCUGGUUCUGAGGAGGACCCUCAUGCUGCUGGGUCUGUCCAUAUUUUCGGUCUUCUGCAGCCACGUCAUCGGUUUUGCCGGAGCUGGGGGUCUAUGUACGCUGGUCUUAUCCUUCCUGGCGGCUCUGGGCUGGAAGGCGGACAAGGCGCCGGUGGCCGCCAUGGUGGGCCGGUCAUGGGACGUGUUCCAGCCCCUCCUCUUUGGUCUGAUUGGAGCAGAGAUCACCAUAGCAACGCUCAGCCCCAGCACCGUAGGUCUGGGUCUGGCCUGCAUCUCCGUCGGUCUGCUGGUGCGGCUCCUCGUCACCUUCCUGCUCGUUCACUUCGGAGGGUUCAACCUGAAGGAGAAGCUCUUCAUCUCGGUGGCGUGGCUGCCGAAGGCCACCGUUCAGGCUGCCAUCGGCUCCAAGGCCUUGGACUUGGCCCGGGAGGAGGGCAACGACGCCUUCAUGAAGUUUGGUUUGGACGUGCUAACGUUAGCCGUGUUAGCCAUCCUGACCACGGCUCCCAUUGGAGCGCUGGGCAUUGGACUGGCAGGGCCACGCCUCCUCGCCCGACAGGUCAAAGCAGAUGAAGCUGAAGCUGCAGCGACGUCUCAGAGCAACGGGAUCCGCCCAGAAAAGGAGGCGGCACCGCUGGAGACUAAACUGUGACCGAUCUGAUUGGACGAAGGAGCAGGAAGGAUGUGAUUGGAUGAGGAGCAAGAAGGAUGUGAUUGGACGAGGAGCAGGGGGCUGUGUUAUCAUCGGCGUUCCCUUUAUUUGACAUGUGACACAUUUACAGCCUCUUACAUUAAUAGAACUAAAACAUGUUUAAAGGAUCCGUCUGAUCAAACCUGUUUCACACAAACCAAUAAAAGCAUAAAAGCAUAAAAGCACCAUGAACACGUUUAAGUCAUAAAAGUGAAACUAAAGUUUGAAAAACCCACUGAAGACUCCCUCAUGUCUGUAAACAUGAGGUGAAUGAACAGGUUUUAUAUGAAUUAGACUCAUUAGGUACAAACGUUAAUAAUAUUCAAUAUUAGACAAUGUUGGCUUAGCAUGCUAAUGGUAUCAAGCUAAUGAAUACGAUGAUUUUUAGUCCAGUUUGGAUGAUUUUAUUUAACAUGUUAAUAAUCCAAAGUGGAGAGUAAUGAUAUUAGAUAUUAAUCAGAUAAAUCAUUAAAUAUUAAUUAAAUGUCAUAUAGUUGUUAUUUUUAUUUAUAUUUUCAAUCAUCUUCUAACAUAUUUCCAUUCAUCUUGGAUCAUUGUUUUUGUAAACGUUCUU